UUCGACGUACAGACAUUUGAUGGAAAUGUUGGCAUAGCCUCCGUAAACGGUAUUGCACUCCAACCUCAAAUUAGAACACGUUCGGUUCGUAUCUACCCAAAGUUUCCACUUUCUUUGGAUGGUGAUACAUCUCUGGCAAAUGUUUCCUGUCUCCGCCUGGAAUUAUAUGGCUGCUCUGCCCCUGUUGAUGGCUCAUGGGGAACGUGGACUCCUUGGUGGCCAUGCAGUGUGACCUGUGGACGUGGAAAGCGGUCACGUGAACGAUUUUGCGACUCGCCAAUGCCUACCAAUGGUGGUGCACCGUGCAACGAGAGUGAAAGAACUGAAGACGAAUAUUGUAGAUUACAAAAGUGCAUUAAACCAGCUGUCGACGGAGGCUGGGGUAAUUGGGGUCCUUGGUCAGAAUGUAGCUUGACGUGUGGAAUUGGAUUGCGGGCACGUGAAAGGAAAUGUGAUUCACCUGAACCAAGGAAUGGGGGAGUGCCGUGUGACAAGGCAGAGCGAAUGCAACAGAGAAUCUGUAGGGAAGCCACUUGCGGAGGCAGUGACGUGGGAUUUUCUGGCUCAGGUUAUGGCUGGGAAACUUCUUUAGAUACUUCGGGAUUUUUUGAAGAAGAAAAUGGUUGGAAAGUAUGUUGCAGAACUAAAUCUGGUGAAGAGAAACACCACCAGGGACUCAGCGAUGACGAGGACUUCACGGUUAAGUCAAGUCUUGAUGAUUAAGUCUUCGCCACGAACUCGGAAGGGUGUCAACAGCUUAACUGUCCAGAACAGAAAAUAACAUCGAGCUUUUAGACCUUCAGAUUGCGCUUAAAGCACUAAAACCUUUUUUUUUUAUCGUUUUGGAGGAUUAACCGUCUAGCAGUUCACAGUAUCUAGAAGCUGUUUCUUCACUAAAAACCAAGACACCUGAUGUUAAUGUUUGACAAUCGCGAAUACGUCCAAAUAAGAAAAGUCAUAUGCAAAGGUUGCUACAUCCUAAUUAAAUGCGUAACUUCGUUCAGUAUUCUAUUGUAAAAGAAAAACUAUAGUUCAUAACUGAUCUAGCAAAAUUCAUGAUUACUUAGCUACCGUUGUGGAUGUAUUCAUUACUAAAUUCAAUACCGAGGUCGAUACUGUCUUUUUUCUGUACAAUUAUCAUGUGCGGAAACUAAUGAAGCCACUUAUUAAUAAUAAAGCAGGAAUUUAUUUCAAUUUAGAUGAAAUAAUUGCGUUAGUUCGGAAGCGAAUCAUCGACUUAAGAAUCGUUCAAAUCCUCUCCAUCAUAAUACGCAGAUCAGCGAUAAGCUAUUGACUGCAGUUCAGCGAAAUAUGGUUCUCAAAUUGAAACUGCAUACUGAUUUUAUCGACUGGAUGAGCAAAUGAGAAAGAUAAGAUAAGCUAUAGUUGAUAACUGAUCUGGCAAAAUUCAUGAUUACUAGCAUCCUUUGUGGAUGUAUUCAUUUCUAUAUUCAAUACCGACGUCGAUACGGUCUUUUUUCAGUACCAUAAUCAUGGGCGGAAACAAAUGAAGCCAAUUAUUAAUAAUAAAGCAGCAAUUUAUUUCAAUUAAGAAUAAAUUAUGCACGGCCAAAAGUCCUAAGGACUCCCAACUGCAAACAAAGUUUAGAAUAAAUAUAACAUAUAUAUAAAUAUAAAUAUAAAUUAUAUAGAAUAAUAUAACAUUCGUAAUCCAGA